AUGCUUAAAAGACCGAUAUGCUUUAAAGCCUCGAAACGUACACUAUUCCAAUCUUAUACCGGGAUACCACGGAACUCAUACGUAGCAAACAAGACUUACCCAUUUUUAAUUUGGAACAAUUUGAUACCAUAUCAAUUGAAACAUCUAAGUGUAUUGGGUGCAGGGGUUUUGGCAUUUGUUAAUCUACAUCCACAAAUUUGGAUUACCUUGGUGCCUCCUAUACUGAUUGCUGGGUAUUACUUAAACAGAAAAAUCAAACGUGACUUGUAUACACAGAAUUCUAGUCAAAUAAUUGAUUGUGGUAACACACAGACAGGAGAAUACUCCCCUUCAGAAAUCGUCAAGAUUUUGCCAUUUGAUGAAACACAAAUUUACAAUAUUCAGGAGAAUAUCGAUAAUGAAUAUGACUCGUUGAAGAAGCAGGUGGUGGACUUGAUAGGGAAGAGAAUAAUCGAAUAUGUAACGAGCAAUGCAAGCGCCAUUCAUAGAGAUGAAAUAUUGUCGACUUUCAUUGACGACUCACAAUUCAAUAUCAAUAUAUUUGAAAACGAAGUUGAGAGCUGGGUGACGAGUCAGAUAAAGUUGCCUAAAAGUUUUGCCAAAGAAGGAGAUCAAUACAAUCGUUUCAUCAAACUCCUGACUCCAUACUACGACGAAAAGAGUCUCAAAACACGAAAAAGAUUAGGAGUUGUUUCUGUAUACUUGCUAAAGCUUAAUGAAUAUGACUGGGUAAUGUCAUUAGAAAUCUCACCGUUGGGAUGGAAGUCAAAGUCCACCUGGAUACGUGGAAUCUCGUCGGUUAAAUAUAUGGAGAGUGAGUUGUACAAAAAGUUUAACAAGGUCUAA